GAAAAUGAGUAGAUUGAGAUGCAAGGUGAGAGGAAGGUUUGACCUUACCACCAAGAGUCUUAACCCUAAAUCCUGACGCCCAGUGGACAUCAGGCUUCCUCCUGCUGCAGUGUGGCUCUGUGGCCUGGGCUUCCCUCUGCUCUGACGCCAGGGCAGUGGCUCCACUCGAUCGUGGGUCUGGGAUUCCCUGCACACACAUGACUCCUUCUCCAGGAGGAAAAGCAAUAAGGGCCCGAUGAGUAUGGGCAGGGGAUUCUGCAUACAUGCAAAUGUUCCCUGGGAGGGAUCAGGUCACACCGCAGGGAGGAAGCCUGCCUUGCCAAGGGCUGUAUCUGGAACCCGUUCAUCCCGCUCUACUCUGCACUGUGAUAGCUUCUUCUGUUACUCAAUGCCCAAGAGGCAGGACCUGGAGCCCUAUCCAAUCAGAGCCAUAGGGCGGGUCAUGGGAACUGUCAAUCAGGCGUGCUGCCGGAGGAGAGUGCGAGGUUCAAAGAGCCCGCAGCGUCUUCUCCACGCCCCUUCGCUCAUCUCCCGCCUGCGCCGUUGACGGACGCCCUGAAACGUCUGUGGCAACCUCUGUCACACUGGGACCCGCACUGGCAGCGGGAGGCAGAGGGAGGACUCUGGAACGUCCCGGAAGCCGGGAAAUGGACACAGUGGCCCUUGAGGAUGUGGCUGUGAACUUUACCCAGGAGGAAUGGGCUUUGCUGGGUCCAUCACAAAAGAAACUCUACAGAGAUGUGAUGCAAGAAACCAUCAGAAACCUGGAUUGUAUAAAAAUGAUAUCAGAAGACCAGAAUAUUGAAGAUCAGUACAAAAAUCCCAAGAAAAAUCUAAGAUGUCGUAUGGCAGAGAGACUCAGUGAAAGUAAAGACAAUAGUCAAUGUGGAGAAAUAUUUAGCCAGAUUCAAGAUAGUAUUGUGAACAACAGCAUUCAUCCUGGAGGAGAUCCGUGUCAAAACACCGAGUGUGAAGAAGUCAUUGUGGGUCAUUUAUUCCUUAAUAGCCAGAUCAGAGUUGAUGCUGGACACAAACCACAUGUGUAUCAGGAAUAUGGAGAGAAGCCACAUACACAUAAACAAUGUGGGAAAACCUUUAGUUAUCAUCACUCCUUUCAGUCACAUGGAAGGCCUCUCACUGGAAAGAGAUGCUUUGAGUGUAAGGAAUGUGGAAAAACCUUCAGUUCUCGUAGAAACCUUCGAAGACACAUGGUACUGCAAGGUGGGAAUAGACCUUAUAAAUGUAAGUUGUGUGGAAAAGCUUUUUAUUGGCCCAGCUUAUUACGUAUGCAUGAAAGAACUCACACUGGAGAGAAACCGUAUGAAUGUAAGCACUGUUCUAAAGCCUUUCCUUUUUACAGUUCCUAUCUAAGACAUGAGAGAAUACACACAGGAGAGAAAGCAUAUGAAUGUAAGCAGUGUUCCAAAGCCUUCCCUGAUUACAGUACCUAUCUAAGACACAAAAAGACUCACACUGGAGAGAAACCCUAUACAUGUAAACAAUGUGAGAAAGCCUUCAGUGUUUCUAGUUCCCUUCGACGACAUGAAACUACACACAGUGCAGAGAAACCCUAUGAGUCUAAGCAAUGCGGGAAAGCAUUUCAUCACCUUGGAAGUUUUCAAAUACACAUGAAAAGGCACACUGGAGAUCGACCUCAUAAAUGUAAGAUCUGUGGGAAAGGCUUUGAUUGUCCCAGUUUAGUUCAGUAUCAUGAACGAACUCACACUGGAGAGAAACCCUAUGAAUGUAAGCAGUGUGGGAAAGCAUUAUCUCAUAGCUCAAGCUUUCGAAGACACAUGAUAAUGCACACUGGAGAUGGACCUCAUAAAUGCAAGGUAUGUGGGAAAGCCUUUGCUUACCCCAGUGUAUGUCAAAGACAUGAAAAGUCUCACAGUGGAGAGAAACCCUAUGAAUGUAAGCAGUGUGGGAAAGCGUUAUCUCAUAGCUCGAGCUUUCGAAGACACAUGAUAAUGCACACUGGAGAUGGACCUCAUAAAUGCAAGGUAUGUGGGAAAGCCUUUGAUUACCCCAGUGUAUGUCAAAGACAUGAAAAGUCUCACAGUGGAGAGAAACCCUAUGAAUGUAAGCAGUGUGGGAAAGCGUUAUCUCAUAGCUCGAGCUUUCGAAGACACAUGAUAAUGCACACUGGAGAUGGACCUCAUAAAUGCAAGGUAUGUGGGAAAGCCUUUGAUUACCCCAGUGUAUGUCAAAGACAUGAAAAGUCUCACAGUGGAGAGAAGCCCUAUGAAUGUAAGCAGUGUGGGAAAGCGUUAUCUCAUAGCUCAAGCUUUCGAAGACACAUGAUAAUGCACACUGGAGAUGGACCUCAUAAAUGCAAGGUAUGUGGGAAAGCCUUUGAUUACCCCAGUGUAUGUCAAAGACAUGAAAAGUCUCACACUGGAGAGAAGCCCUAUGAAUGUAAGCAGUGUGGGAAAGCGUUAUCUCAUAGCUCAAGCUUUCGAAGACACAUGAUAAUGCACACUGGAGAUGGACCUCAUAAAUGCAAGGUAUGUGGGAAAGCCUUUGAUUACCCCAGUGUAUGUCAAAGACAUGAAAAGUCUCACACUGGAGAGAAACCCUAUGAAUGUAAGCAGUGUGGGAAAGCGUUAUCUCAUAGCUCAAGCUUUCGAAGACACAUGAUAAUGCACACUGGAGAUGGACCUCAUAAAUGCAAGGUAUGUGGGAAAGCCUUUGAUUACCCCAGUGUAUGUCAAAGACAUGAAAAGUCUCACAGUGGAGAGAAACAAUAUGAAUCUAAACAAUGAUGAAGCCUUCUGUAUUUCCAGUUCCCUUUGACAACAUGAAAACCUUACACCGGACAGAAACCCUAUAAAUGUAAAUGUGAGAAAGCCUGUCAUAAUUUGUAUUCCUUUCAAAAUUAUGAAACAACUCACACUGGAGAGAAGCUGUAUGAAUGUAAGGAAUGUGGGAAAGCAGUCAGUUUUUUUAAUGUCUUUGUCAACAUAGGCCCAGUAGCUUGCACCUGUAAUCCCAGCACUUUGGGAGGCCGAGGCCGGUAGAUCACCUGAGGUCAGGAGUUUGAGACCAGCCUGACCAGUAAGAUGAAACCCCAUCUCUACUAAAAAUACAAAAAUUAGCCAGGUGUAGUGGCAUGUGCGCCUGUAAUCCCAGCUACUCGGGAGGCUGAGACAUGAGAAUCCCUUGAAUCCAGGAGGCAGAGGUUACGUUGAGCGGAGAUUGCACCAUUGCACUCCAGCCUAGGCAACAAGAGCAAAACUCCAUCUCAAAAAACAAAACAAAACAGAAAAAAGAUGGCUGGGUGUGAUGGUGCACACCUGUAAUCCCAGCACUUUGGGAGUCCGAGCUGGGCAGAUCACGAGGUCAGGAGUUUGAGACCAGCCUAACUAACAUGGUGAAAUCUCUCCUCUACUAAAAAUACAAAACUUAGCCAGACAUGGUGGCGCAUGCCUGUAAUCCCAGCUACUCAGGAGGCUAAGGCAGGAGCAACACUUGAACUCUGUAGGCGGAGGUUGCAGUGAGCUGAGAUUGCGCCAUUGCACUCCAGUCUGGGCAACAGAACGAGACUCCAUGUCAAAAAAAGAAAAAAGAAAAGAAACAUAUUUGGGUUAGGCACAGUGGCUCACAUCUGUAGUCCUAGCACUUUAAGAGGCCAAGGAAGGUGGAUCACUUGAGCCCAGGAGUUAGAGGCCAGACUGGGUAACAUCGUGAAACCCUGUCUCUACAAAAUAUACAAAAAUUAGCCAGGUGUGGUGGCACACACCUGUAAUCCCAGCUACUAGGGUGGCUGAGGUGGGAGGAUCACUUGAGCCUGGGAAGUUGAGGUUGCAUGAAUCAAAAUCACAUCCCUGCACUCUGGCAUGGGCAACAGAAUGAGAUCCUGUCUCAAAAAAGUAAUAAAAAUUUAAAAAAAAAUAAAAAUGACAUAUUUGCAUGUAACCUACCCACAUCCUCCUGUAUACUCUAAAUCAUCCAUAGAUUAGUUAAAAUAUAUCAUGAGUCAUAGAAGCUAUGGAAGUAGUUGUUUUAUUGUUUAAAACAAUAAACAAUUAUUUAGUGAAUAAUAUGAAAAAGACCCUAUACAUACUCAGUACAGACCCAACUGUCACAGACACCUGUACAUAAUACAUGUCCUUCGAGCAUUAUAAAUCCUUAUUUUCGACACUCAUAGAUUGCUUUUGUUUAAUGACCUGAAAGUGUGUUAACAUUCACCCAAGUCCUGGUGCUUCUUACUUGAUAACAAAAGUAUAAUGAUGAUUGCAGUAGGGUGCCUAAUGUGAUGUGUUGAGGCAACUAGAUGGGUGACACCGUAGAUAAGCAGUGAGACCUCAGGCUAACUCGAAUCUUGACAGGAUGUCAACAUGAUCGUCUCUAUUGGAAGAACCAGAUUCUGACUGCAGAUACUAACUUUUGGGAGCAAUCUAAAUACUAAUGUCAGAAUCUGUUCAGUUUGAGGACUGAAGAUCUUUAAGCAUUGAAGGGUCUGUCUUCAUAUUUGCAGAUAUUUAAUUAGAAACUGUUGUAGAAAGCUAGUUCUUUUUCUAUUUUUCUUUUAUUUUUUGAGAUAGGGUCUCGUUCUGUUGCCUAGGCUGGAGUGCAGUGGUGCAAUCUUGGCUCACUGUAACCUCUGUCUCCGAGGUUCAAGCCCUUCUCCUGCCUCAGCCUCCCAAGUCUGUCUCUACAAAAUAUACAAAAUAUACAAAAAUCCCAAGCUGGGAUUACAGGCAUAUGCCACCAUGCCCAGCUAAUUUUUGUAUUUUUAGUAGAGAUGGUGUUUCACCAUGUUGGCCAGGCUGGUCUUGAACACCUGACCUUAUGAUCCACUCGCCUCGGCCUCCCAAAGUGCUGGGAUUACAGGUGUGAGCCACUACACCAAGCCUAGUUCUUUUGUUUUAAUCAUGAAAAAAAAAAAAAAAACCUUUACAGUGUCACUGGGGUGACAUGGAGGCUUUCUUCCAUGGAAGAACCUUAAUUGAGGAUGAUAGUCUUUAACACUUGCACCUUGCAGCAGAAGCUGUAGGUGCCCUAAAACUGCUUCAAUUUCCUUCCUUCCUCUUUCUUUCCUUAGUUCUUUCCUUCUUUUCUUCUUUCUUUCUUUUUUUCUCUCUCUCUCUUUCUCUCUUUCUUUCUUUCUUUCUUCUGACAGGCUCUCACUCUGUUACCUAGAGUGCAUGGGUCACCACAACUGGAGGGCAGUAGCCAAAUCAUGUUUCACUGCAACCUCAACUUCCUGGGCUCAAGUGAUCUUCCCACCUUAGUCUCCCAAGUAACUGGGAUUACAGACACACAUCACCGUGCCUGACUAAUUUUUGUGUUUUUUGUAGAGACAAGUUUCCACCAUGUUUCCCAGGCUGGUCUUGAACUCCUAGAAUCAAGAGAUCUGCCUGCCUUGGCCUCCCAAAUUUCUGGAAUUAUAGGCAUGAGCCACCAUACCCAGCCUUCAGAUUUUUUAAGUAUCAAAAUCUAUAGCACUGCUUCUUCUUUUUUUCCGAUAGAGUCUCUCUGUUGCCCAGGCUGGAGUGCAGUGGUGCAAUCUCAGCUCACUGCAACCUCUACCUCCUGGUUUCAAGUGAUCCUCCUGCCUCAGCCACCUGAGUAGUUGGGAUUAUAGGUGCCAGCCACGAUGCCCAGCUAAUUUUUGUAUUUUUAGUAGAGAUGGGGUUUCGCCAUGUUUGCCAGGCUGGUCUUGAACUCCUGACUUAAAGUGACCCACCCACCUCGGCCUCCCAGAAUGCUGAGAUUACAGGCAUGAGCCAUCACUUAUGACACUGCCUCUUCUAAAUCUGCAUUGUCAUCAUUAUCUGUAGAGGAUUUCAGCAUAUCUUCUAUUUCCUUGUUAGUAUGGGUUUCUCCUUUGCUCCUCAACAUUGUCUUCAGUCAUGAUAGAGGUAGCCUUCCUCACCAACUUCCCUUACAACACUUAAGAUAUUCUGACCACCACAUCAAUAGUGGGGAAGUGUCUGAACUCACUGACUUCCUCACUCCGUAAUGGCUUCCAAUACACUUUGGCUGUCUUGAGCUGUAGGGCAUCUACAGCCUCUGCAAUAAGCACAAUUGUGUCUGCAGUUGUGAAGUGCUUCCAUAAAUCCUGUGUGAUCCGGUGAGGGUUAGCAUCAAGACAGCAUAAAUCCUUCCAAAAGUCCAGUGAAUAUAAGAUGCCAUAUGUACUUGGUGAUGUCCUGAUCAAGUGGUUACAGCAGUGAUGUGGUUUUAGGAGACAGGAACAUCACUUCCCCAAUUUUAUCGGCAUAAGAGAGAUGAGAAAUGUCAGGAGCAUUCUCAAUUAUGAGGAGGGCAACCCUUUCUUUUCUUUCUUUCUUUUUUUUUUUUUUUUAGAGACAGAGUCUCACUCUGUUGCCCAGGCUGCAGUGCAGUGCUGCGAUUUUGGCUCACUGCAACCUCUGCCUCCUGGGUUCAAGCGAUUCUCCUGCCUCAGCCUCCUGAGUAGCUGGGCCUAAAGGCACACACUGCCAUGCCCAGCUAAUUUUUUGUAUUUUAGUAGAGACGGGGUUUCACCCUGUUGCUCAGGCUGGUCUUGAACUCCUGAGCUCAGGCAGUCCGCCCGCCCUCGCCUCCCAAAGUGCUAGGAUUACAGGCAUGAGCUACCUCACCCAGCCCAGCCCCUUCUUUUCAAGGUAUUAAUUCACAUCAGGGAGGAAGCAAUGGUAGAACCAAGUCUUCAUGUGUUUUUGUCAGGACAUGGGCAGGCAAGUUUUACUUUUGUUUUAAAGGAUCCAGGAAUUGUUUACUUAGUAGAUGAGACUUUGUUUGAUCUUAUGACCUCCUGAAUUGCCACAUAGCACCAGAGUAAGGUGAUCUUUCCAAGCCAUCAACCCCAAGGCUUUCUUUGUACUCUUGUGAUGAAGGCACUAUUGGGCAUCCUCGUCCAGAACAUGCCUGAUUCAUUACAAUCGAGGACUUGCUCUGGAAUUAGCCUUUCUUUUUUUAUGAGUUUCAUGAGCUUUUCUAGGAAUGCUGAUGUUUCCUUUGCAUCAGCCAAGGCCAGUUCUCUUAUGUUCUUCAAGUUCUUGAAGCUCUAAUGUAUUGUGUAGCUAGCUAAGCCAGACCUUGCUGGCCCAAAACUCCUUCCUGUAGCUCUUUUUUUUUUUUUUUUUGAGAUGGAGUUUCGCUCUUGUUAGCCAGGCUGGAGUGCAAUGGCGCCAUCUCGGCUCACCGCAACCUCCACAUCCUGGGUUCAGGCAAUUCUCCUGCCUCAGCCUCCUGAGUAGCUGGGAUUACAGGCACGCACCACCAUGCCCCGCUAAUUUUUUGUAUUUUUAGUAGAGACGGGGUUUCAUCAUGUUGACCAGGAUGGUCUCGAUCUUUUGACCUCGUGAUCCACCCGCCUCGGCCUCCCAAAGUGCUGGGAUUACAGGCUUGAGCCACCACGCCCGGCCUUUCUGUAGCUCUUAACAGUCUCUCACAGUGGUGCUUAUGGAGGCUGUCUUUUCACAUAUCCUUUUGCCGUCAACAGGGGUGUGGUUCUUUGAGGUAACCUCUAGCCACACACUAAGACUUUCUCAGUCUUUAUACAUAUUUUGUCAUGAGCCAGAGGAAACGUUUUUUUUUUCCCAUACAGGGACAGCUCUGACAUUUCUAGAAAUUUUGGCUUUCUGCUUUAGUGGUAGAUGUUCUUGCCUUAUGGCUCACUUUCCAAAGUGAUAUGCCACUUUUCAAAAACAUCUAAGAUUUGUAUUUUCUCACUGAGAGAUCACACUUUUUGCUCCCUGGUAGCUUUUUAGGGAUAGCUUUGACCACUCAGUUGCUUUUUAGGAUCCAUUAUUUCACAUAACUUCUUUUUUUUUUUUUUUAACAUAUGACAUCACAAGGAACUCUGAAAAGAAAGAAGUCUUGUAAAACAAUGAUAAAGUUGAUGGACUUACACUUUCUGAUUUCAAAACUUACUGCAAAUCUAUACUAAUAUAAACAGUUUGGUACUAGCAUAAUGACACAGAAAUAGACCAAUGCAACAAAAAUAGCACAGAAACGUGCAUUUGGAUAGAGAGUCCAAUAAUUUUUGACAGGUGUGCAACAAGCAUGAAUUGAGGGAUUGAAUAGUUUUUGCAGAGAAUGGUGCUGGGUGGAAAUGCAUAUCCAUAUGCAACACAAUGAAGUUUUACCUUUUUUUAAUGCUAUAUACAAAAGUGAACUUAAAAUGGAGUCCUACAUCUAGAAACUCUUAGAUGAAAAUACAGGGCAAAAGCUUGAUGACAUCAGAUUUUGCAGUUACUUCCUGCAUAUGGCACCGAAGGCAUGACCCACAAGAGAAAAAAUAAAUUGGAUGUUGUGGAAUUUAAAGACUUUUGGCAUCCAAAAGCAACAUUAGCAGAGUAAACAGACAACUGAUAGAGUGGAAGAAACUAUUUCCAAAUCAUAUAUGGUAAGAGAGUGUAUUGAAGAUCUUUAUAAAACUCAAGCCAACAACAACAAAAAAACCACUUGUUAUGAAAUAAAUGUGUUUCCAUAGAAUACCUUUGUUUUAAUCUGCUUCUCUAUAGUGACAGGAUUAGGGAAUGGGUUCUUUGUGAUAUAAUAAGGAUUAGGUUAGAUCUUGAGAGUGGAGCUCUAAGAAUGAGACUGGUUUCAUAAUGAGAGUUCCCUGAGCUUGUUUCACUCACUGCCUUGUGAAGACAUCAGUGCAACUGUCUAUGAUCCAGGCAACAGGCCCCCAGCAGACACUAAAUCUCAGCACCUGAAUUUGUUACAAUUUUGUCUUUUGAUACUGGUAAAGGCUCAAGGAAGAGGACAUGCAUAGAGAAAGCUUCCCUCUUAGUCUGGAAUAUAAAAAGUAAUGUAUAAGAUGUUGGUAAAUAGAUAGACAGUAAAGGAAAUAUUGAUGAGCUCUCAGAACUGAGGAUAGGGCAAGGACAAGGUGGCUCACACCUGUAAUCGCAGUGCUUUGGGAGGCAAAGGCAGGAGGAUUGCUUUCUCCUAACCAACAUGGAGAAACUGCGUCUCUACUAAAAAUACAAAAUUAGCAGGGCAUGAUGGCGCACGCCUGUAAUCCCAGCUACUUAGGAGGCUGAGGCAGGAGAAUCAGUUGAACCUGGGAGGCGGAGGUUGCUGUGAGCCGAAAUCUCACCAUCGCACUCUAGCCUGGGCAACAAGAGUGAAACUCUGUCUCCAAAAAAAAAAAAACUCAUGAAGUUUUCCUCUCGAGUUUUGGACUUGCUUGGGAACCCUCACUCUUCCUCGUCUCUGUUGCUCCCCGUGGGAAUAGGAGUGUUUAUCUUACCCCUGUCCAAUCAUUAUAUGUUAGAAGCACACAACUGGUUUUUGUUCUAAGGAGUUGGAGACCAACCUGGACAAAAUAGAGAGAUGUCAUCUUACACACACAUAAAUUACCAGGCAUGGGGUGGAGCUUGCCUGUAGUCCUGACCACUUGGGAGGCUGAGGCAGGAGGAUCACUUGAGCCUCGAGUUUGAGACCAGCCUGGACAAUAUAAUGAGACCUUGUCUUGCCAAAAAAAAAAAAAAAAAAAAAGAGAAGAAGAAAUUAGCUGGGCAUGCUGUGCACCUGUAUUCCAAGCUGUUUGAGAGGCUGUGUCAGGAGGAUUGCCUGAGCCCAGCAGUUUGAGGCUGCAGUGAGCUAUGAUUGUGCCACUGCACUCCAGCCUGGGUGACAGAGCAAGAUCCUGUCUCUAAAAAUAAAAUUAGGCCAGGCAUGCUGGCUCAUACCUAUAAUCCCAGCACUUUGGAAGAUCGAGGUGGGUGGAUCACCUCAGGUUAGGAGUUCUAGACCAGCCUGGCCAACAUGGUGAAACCCCGUCUCUACUAAAAAUACAAAAAAAUUAGCCGGGUGUGUUGGCACUUGCCUGUAAUACCAGCUACUCUGCAGGUUGAGGCAGGAGAAUCACUUGAAUCAGGAAGACGGAGGUUUCAGUGAGCCAAGCUUGCACUACUGCACUCCAACCUGGUCAACGAGAGUGAGACUCUGUCUCAAAAAAAAAAAAAAAAAAAAACCUUCCUGGUUCAAGCAAUUCUCCUGCCUCAGUCUGUGGAGUAGCUGGGAUUACAGGAAGUGCCACCAGGCCCAGCUAAUUUUUUUGUAUUUUUGAUAGAGACAAGGUUUCACUAUGUUGGCCAGGCUGGUCUUGAACUCCCAACCUCAGGUGAUCCAUCCGCCUCAGCCUCCCAAAUUGCUGGGAUUACAGGCAUGAGCCACUGUGCCUGGCCAAUUUUUAUAUAAUAUAAUACAAUACAAUAUAAUAUAAAAGGAAUUGAGGAUGAUGUUAUUGCACAGUGGAGAAAAGACGGUCCUUCAUAUACAGUGGUGCAGAUCUUGGUGCAUUUUGCUACUGUUUUGUGAAAAGUAGAGUGAGGAUGUGGUGAAGUUGGAUAUUGAAUUGACAAUAUUUCUUUCUUUCUUUUUUUUGAGACAGAGUCUUGCUCUGUCACCCAGGCUGGAGUGCAGUGAUGCGAUCUCAGCUCACUGCAACCUCUGCCUCCCGGGUUCAAGCAAUUCUCUUGCCUCAGCCUCCCAAGUAGCUGGGACUAUAGGCACGUACCACCAUGCCCGGUUAAUUUUUUGUGUUUUUAGUGGAGAUGGGGUUUCACCAUGCUGGCCAGGCUUGUCUUGAGCUCCUGACGUCUGGUGAUCCACCAGCCUCGGCCUCCCAAAGUGCUGAGAUUACAGACGUGAGCCACCACACCUGGCCACCUUGGUCUUGUAGGGCUAAUGUCCAGGAAAAAUUCUCUCAAUGUUCAUAUUUUUAAGCCUAGGAAAGUAUUUGUUUUGUCUUUCAUUUUGAAUGUGAACAUUGGUAGAUUCUGGUUAAGGUGUAAAACACAUACAGAGCAUGAUGAGGAACUGGGUGAGAGGCUUCCCAGUGAAAGAGGGAACAGAACCUAACAAAAGCAAAUAUGUCAAUUUCACUCCAAUCAAUUGUUACAGUAGUCUCUAUUACUUAAUGCCAAAAAAAGCAAUGAUCAAUAUGUUGAAAGGGAUGGAGGAAGCAAAUAUGAUGCUUGACCAUGAUAGCAUUAAUUGUCUGGGAAACUAAAGACAAAACAACUGGAAAACUAUUAACACUGUUGGCCACGAGUGGUGGCUCAUGCCUGUAAUCCCAGCACUUUGGGAGGCUGAGGUGGAUGGGUUGCUUGAGCCCAGUAGUUCAAGACCAACCUGGGCAACAUGGCUAAACCUCAUCUCUACAAAAAAUUAGCCAGGCCUGGUAGCAUGUCCCUAUAGUCCUAACUACUCAGGAGGCUGAGGUGGGAGGAUUGCUUGUGUCUGGGAAGUUGACGCUGCAGUGAGCCAAGAUCGCACCACUGCACUCUAGCCUGGGUGACAGAAUGAGACCCUGUCUAAAAAAAAAAAAAAAAAAACCUAAAAACUAUGAACACUGUUAAUGGAUUCAGUUUCCUGCUUAGGAAGGAAACAUAUACUGUGUUCACAAUAACAUACACUAUUGAAUUAAAAAUCACAUAACUUUCCAAGGACUAGGACUAAUUCCAUGUGCAGCAUCUAUCUACAGACAAGUUUAGGAGUUUCCUGGCCAGGUGAGGUGGCUCACACCUUAAUCCCAGCACUUUGGGAGGCUAAGGUGGGUGGAUCAUGAGGUCAAGAGAUUGAGACCAGCCUGGCCAAGAUGAUGAAAAACCGUCUCUACUAAAAAUACAAAAAUACUGGGAGGCUGAGGCAGGAGAAUCUCUUGAACCUGGGAGGCAAAGGUUGCAGUGAGCCAAGAUGGCGCCAGUGCACUCUAGCCUGGGCAACAGAGUGAGACUCUGUCUCAAAAAAAAAAAAAGAAAGAGAGAAAGAAAAUAUAUAACUCUAUUAUCAGUACCAGUGCCUCAUUCUUAACAUGAGUCUACACUACAAAUUCCUAUUCUUACUUUUAUACAAAAAUUGAUGUGAGAUAUUUUUGCAAGUUUUCUUCACAUAAAGCUUUAUAAGUUGAAUAGUGUUUAAUAAAAUCAGUUAAUAAAAUUUUUCUUUACAUUUUGUAUUAUCUUGGAUUCUUUUUUUUUUUCUCUUGGAUUCUUGAGUUGCUUGAAGUAUAUUUCUAAUAUACAAGUAGGUUUAAUCGUCUCUUUUUAAAUUUUUCUGUUUAGAGAUAGGGGCUCAUUUUGUCACCAGAGUAGAGUGCAGUGGCAUGAUCAUAGCUCACUGAAACCUUGAACCUGGGCUCAGGGCAUCCUCCUAUCUCUGCCUCCCAAGUAACUGGAACUAGAGGGAACACUCUGCCACAUCUUGCUAAUUUUUUUUAGAGAUGGGAGUCUCACUAUGUUGCCCAGGCUGGUCUCUAGCUCCUGGCCCCAAGCAAUUCUCCAACCUAAGCCUCUGAAAGUGCUGGGGUUGCAAGUGUAAGCCACUGUGUCCAGAAAUAUGUUUAAUUCUUAAAUGGUUUAAAAUUGCUGUAUAACUAAAGAGCUUCUGAAACAUGACAUUUUGAUAUUUGUUGUGACUUUACCACUGGCCUCUUGGAGCAAAGAAAACCCUUCUUCUCCACACUUUCAGCCCCACCCUGAGCAGUAUGGGCUGAUCAACCAGGAGGACCUGUGUACUUUGGCUGCCUGCUGGUGCACAUGCUUCCUUGAAUCCCAGGUUGAGUACAUUGGUUGCACUGUGCAAGCGCUGCAGCCUCAGUGUAUUGCUGACCACGCAUGCAUCCUCCUGAUCAGUUCCCACGAGUGGCCAUUCCUGCACUUCAAGAGCAGUGGGCCAGGCCAUAGCAGCCCUGGGAAGGCAGCCUCACCCUUGCCACAUCAUCUUCUUGAGGAUGUCUCACUUGUCUCCUCUCCCAGUUGCAGCCCCAGCCCCUUGGUGCCCGCACCUGAGAUGUUCUGUUGAUUCAAAUACCCCAGUGGUGAGGAAUAUGCAAAUAUCCUUAUGGCUGGGUUAAGUUAAGAAGGAAAAUUGUAAGACUUCUGAAAUUUCACAGGGAACUAUGGAUGUUCAAAUUCAGCUUCUGGUUCAGUAGGUUAGGGAUGGAGUGUCAGAGUCCGCAUUUCUUUUUUCUUUUUUUUUUUUUUUUUGAGAUGGAGUUUCGCUGUUGUUACCCAGACUGGAGUGCAAUGGCAUGAUCUUGGCUCACUGCAACCUCCGCCUUCUGGGUUCAAGCAAUUCUCUUGCCUCACCCUCCCAAGUAGCUGGGAUUAUAGGUGCACACCACCAUGCCCAGCUAAUUUUUGUAUUUUUAGUAGAGACUCGGUUUCACCUCGUUGACCAGGAUGGUCUUGAUCUCUUGACCUCGUGAUCCACCCGCCUCGGUCUCCCAAAGUGCUGGGAUUAUAGGUGUGAGCCACCGCACCUGGCCUGCUUUUCUUUUUUUCUUUUUUUGAGACAGAGUCUUGCUUUGUCACCAGGCUGGAGUGUAGUGGCGCGAUCUCAGCUCACUGCAACUUCUGCCUCCUGGGUUCAAGCAAUUCUCCUGCUUCAGCCUCCCGAAUACCUGGGACUACAGGCACAUGCCAUCAUGCCCAGCUAAUUUUUGUAUUUUCAGUAGAGUUGGGGUUUCACCAUGUUGCCCAGGAUGGUCUUGACUUCUUGACCUCGCGAUCCACCACCUCAGCCUCCCAAGUGCUGGGAUUACAGGCAUUGAGCCACCACACCCGGCUGAGAGUCUGCAUUUCUAACUCACUCCCAUGUGUCAUUAUAUUGGUCCAUGGACCACAGUUAGAGUGCUGAGGUAAUAAAAGACGUGGUUAGAUAGGCAGGCAGGAGACAGAUCCCAUGGGGCCUUGUGGGCUAGGUUAUGGACUUUUAUACGACUUUGAGCAGGGAAGUGAUGUUUGGUUUUUGUUUGAAGAAGUCUACUCCUGCUGGUGGGCAGAGAAUAGAUGGUAGAGGAGAGCUGGGAGACCAGCUUAAAAGCCAUAGUUGUAGUUUGAAGAGAGGUCAUACUGGCCUGGGUUUGGGUAAUGUUAGUGGGUAUCGACCAAAGGUUGUGUUUUGAGAAGUCUAGUUAUGAACCCAAGCUGUGUUUUUGGAGCCAGAUUCCAGCGUAGGGAAAGGCCCUGUCAAUCACACUAUUUAGCAGUUCUGCACAUAAAUGAUCAGGGGUGAUCAUCUUCAGUGCAGUAGAGAAGAGUGUGUGGCUCUAAAAUAUGAUGGUAGAGGGGGUUCUCACACUAGUCUGAGAGGUUAGAGGAGGCUUUCCCACUGGGACUAAUUCUCAAAUUGAAAACCUGAAGGUGGCUGGCACAGUGGCUCACACCUGUAAUUCCAGCACUUUGGGAGGCUGAGGAGGGCAGAUCUAACUGCUGAGGCUAAGCUCAGCAGUUAGAGACCAGCCUGACCAACAUGACGAAACCCCUUCUCCACUAAAAAUACGAAAAUUAGCUGGGCAUCGUGGUGGGCGCUUAUAAUUCCACCUACCCCGGAGGCUGAGGCAGGAAAAUCGACUGAACCCCAGAGGUAGAAGUUGCAGUGAGCCAAGAUCAUGCCACUGCACUCAAGCCUGGGCAACAGAGCAAGACUCUGUUUCAACAAACAAACAACCUGAAGGUGGCUGGGCACAGUGGCUCACGCCUAUAAUUCCAGCACUUUGGGAAGCUGAGGUGGGCAGAUCACUUAAGGUCAGGAAUUCCAGACCAGAUGAGCCUGGCCAACAUGGUGAAACCCUAUCUCUACUAAAAAUACAAAAAUUAGCCAGGCUUGGUGGCACAGGCCUGUAAUCCCAGCUACAUGGGAGACUGAGACAGGAGAAUCACUUGGAUUUGGAGGUGGAGGUUCCAGUGAGCUGAGAUCAGGCCACUGCAUUACAGCCUGGGUGACAGAGAAAGACUCCAUCUAAAAAAAAAAAAUCCUGAAGGUUGAGGAGUUACACAGGAAGGUGUAGCUCCCAUAGGAUUUCUGAUGGUGUGAAGGAGAGAAGAGAGUCAAGGAUGAGUCUUAUUUUCAGAGCCUCUGGGUGCUGCCCCUCACUCAGAGGAGCAGGGCCAGGGGAGAUGACUGGAGGGGAAAUGAAGGGUCAUGUUAUGUAAUCACUCAUGGCACUUUGAGCAACACAAGAGAAGGGUUGACCAGGGUAUUGGAUCUGGAGCUUGAGAGAAAGAUCUAAAUGAAAUUUUGAGAACAUUAUUAUAUAGAUGCUAUUUGAAGCUCUGGGUCCAGCAGAGACCAACUUGUUUCAGGGUAAGGGGAAAAGUAUAGCAGAAGACAAAUCUCAGGAGGAGACCAGUGGCUGUCCACCUCUGAGGUUAGCAGGAGGAGCAGCCUGCAAGAGACUGGGCAGGUCAGUGACUUAGGAGUAGAAUGGAUUGGGUGUCCUUUCCUGGAAUCCUCCAGGAGAAGGUAUUUCAAGAUGGGAGAGUGGCCAGCUCUGUCACAGGCCACAGAGAGUUUGAAUGAAACAAAACAGGGUUGAUGGUAGCUUUUGGCAAGCAUUCGAUCACUUUAGGUCUUGAUAAGAGCUGAUGCUUUAUUCAGGGGAAUAACUUGCAUUGAAAUGUGUUUCAGCCUGGGCAUGGUGUCUCACGCCUGUAGUCUCAGCACUGUAAUUCCAGCACUUUGGGAGGCCGAGGCAGGUAGAUCACCUGAGCUCAGGAGUUAAAGACCAACCUGACCAACAUAGCAAAACCCUGUCUCCACUAAAAAUAUAAAAAUUACCUGGGCAUCGUGAUGGGCACUUAUAAUCCCAGCUACCCAGGAGGAUGACCUCAAGUGAUCAAAAUACAAAAAAUUAGCCAAGCAUGGUGGUGCGUGCCUGUAAUUCCAGGUACUGGGAGGCUGAGGCAGGAGAAUCUCUUGAACCCAGGAAGCAGAGGUUGCAAUGAGCUGAGAUGGCGCCACUACAUUCCAGCCUGGGUGACAGAGCAAGACUCUGUCUCAAAAAAAAAAGAAAAGAAAUGUACUUCAAAUAGAUCUUCAAGAUGUCGCCUAGGGCAGGGAUGCCCAACCUCUGGGCGACGGAUUGGUAACAGGUCCAUGACCUGUUAGGAACUGGACGACUCACAUUACUGCUUGAACUCUGCCUCCUGUCAGAUCGCAGUAGCAUUCGAUUCUCAUGGGAGCAGGAACCCUGUUGUGAACUGCACAUGUAAGGGAUCUAGGUUGUAUGCUCCUUAUGAGAAUCGAAUGCCUGAUGAUCUGUCACUGUCUCCCAUCACCCCCAUAUAGGACCAUCUAGUUGUAGGAAAAUAAACUGAGGGCUCUCACUGAUUCUACAUUAUGGUGAAUUGUAUAAUUAUUUCAUUAUAUAUUACAAUGUAAUAAUAAUAGAAAUAAGGCUGGGUGCGGUGGCUCACGCCUGUAAUCCCAGCACUUUGGGAGGCCAAGUGUGGCAGACCACCUGAGGUCAGAAGUUCGAGACCAGCCUGACCAACAUGGUAAAACCCCGUCUCUACUAAAAAUUCAAAAAUCAGCUAGGCAUGGUCGCUGGCACCUGUAAUUUCAGCUACACAGGAGGCUAAGGCAGGAGAAUUGCUUGAACCCAGGGGGGCGAAGGUUGCAGUGAGCUGAGAUCAUGCCACUGCACUCCAGUCUGGGUGACAGAGCGAGACUCCAUGUCAAAAUAAUAAUAAUAAUAAUAAUAUAAAUAAAAUGCACAGCCCAGCGUGGUGGCUCAUGCCUGUGAUCCCAGCACUUUUGAAGUCUGAGGCAGGUGGAUCACUUGAGGUCAGGAGUUCAAGACCAGCCUGGCAAACAUUGUGAAACCCCAUCUCUAAUAAAAAUACAAAAAUUAGCCAGGCAUGGUGGUGCAUGCCUGUAAACCCAGCUACUCAGGAGGCUGAGGCAGGUGAAUCACUUGAGCCCAGGAGGCGGAGGUUGCAGUGAGCCAAGGUGGUGUCACUGCACUCCAGCCUGGGCAACAGAGUGAGGCUCCAUCUCAAAAAAAGAAAAGAAAAGAAAUAAAGUGCACAAUAAAUUUAAUGCACUUGAAUCAUCCCCAAACCAUAUCCCUCCCCCGCAGUCUGUGGGAAACUUGUCUUUCAUGAAACCAGUCCCUGGUGCCAAAAAGGGAUCACUGUCCUCAGGGCAAUGAUACCUUUGGAACUGCUAAGUUUAAUCACUGGAUUUCUUUUCUAGUUUCAUGGAGGAAUCACCAUUACUGACUUUUUUUCAUCAUGGUGAUGUGAACAUCUAUUUUUGUCUCAAAGUUUUUAUAUGUAUUUAAAUCAACACAAUACUCGACAACUUGAUUGCUACAGUUUGUAAAAAUAUACAAAGUCUGUAAGUGAACCUCUGACACCCACUUAGUUUGACUCACUGCAGCCUCUUUUAAUGCCUGUCUGCAAACAACAAAAUGUGACAUUAUUCCAGGAGCAGUUAAUGUGGAGUGAGGAGUGGAGCAUCUUACAGAGCAGUGGUUUGUUUUUCUGGGAUGGAAAGAUGUCCUGUAAUUUUAGACUUGUGUUCGUGUGUGCGUGCAUGCGUGUGCGCGCGCGUGUGUGUGUGCGUGUGCGUGCGUGUGCGCGUGCGUGCGUGUGUGCGUGUGCGUGCGUGUAUGUGCGUGCGCGCGUGUGUGUGCGUGUGUGUGUGUGUAGUUUCCUAAGGAAAUAGUUUUAUUUCUUCAUUAGUUAUACUCAGACAUCAUUUUUUUUUUGCUUAUUUUCCUAACAUGCCCACUUGUCAUGGCAGAAAAUGAUACAGUUUUUACAAGUUGAUUAAAGAUUUUGCUUCAUCUAAUGA